AUGUUUGGUGUGGGCUCUUUCCAACCUGCCGUCUUUCCAGAACACAAACAACCCCCCAACAAUCCAACCGAUUCACAUCACGACUCGGAGCGAAAGAAUCACAAGUCAUCGCUCUAUGUAGGCAACAUAAUACUAAAUACGCACAUUCUGCAACAUCUCCAACAACAUGCCCGCCGCCACAGCGACAGCCACCAACAAGUGCAGGACUCGAAACCCCACAAAGUAAUCUACCCAUCCAACCGCAGCUGCAGCCCGCAGGAGCCAGAACAUACCUUUGAGCAGUGGGACACUUCUAGCGUCCCGCGCGAGAUCUGCGAUGCCCUCCUCAAAUCUACUAUUCAAAACAUUGCCCCUGCAGAUCGCGCCAGCAACAGCAGCAACAGCUACAAACAAACCACCAGCAGACCCAACAGCGAAGCGCCCUCCCUCGCGAGCAUCUCGAUGACAGUCACCACCUCAAAACCUUCACUCGCACGCCAGCAAUCCUCAGAGACGCCCCGGAAACCGCACAAAGACUCCAUCCUCCCUGAUUCCCCAAACCUAACCUCCUCUCCCUCCUCUUCCUCCCUCCCCAGCACUCCCUACACCCGCGCGUAUCGCCCUCGACCCCCCUCCGCCUACUCCUGCUCCUGCAUCUCACACCCUCCCAUCGCAGCCACCCGGCACCAGCACCGGCACGAUCUCCACACCCCGCUCCCACGCCCCAAAUUCACCCCCAGGCGCCCACGCGCGCAUUCCUUCGAAGACAACAUCCACCCGCUCUUCCGGACCAGCAGCCCGGAACCGCCGCCGGGCACCACGCGGGGUACAGUCGUCACCGCCUCCCCCGUCGCGGGCCAAACGAUAUCCAAGAACACGCUGAGCAGGAUCAAGUCCGGCUCGUUCUCGCUGCCGGUGUCGAGUAGCCCCCUGGCGCAGACAGCGAUGAUGGACCUGGACAUCGCUGGCGACAGGGUGGAUGAGGGCGCGCAGGAGGGGGAUUGCGAGGAUGACGAUAUCACGACGCGGACGGAUAUGCCGAUCCCGGGGUUUGUGCUAGCGGCGGGGAAUAGGGGGAGUUGGGUGGAUUAUGGGAAGAGGAAGUCCAGUAGGGGCCCUGGUAGGGAUGAUGGGAGAUAG